AUGGCUUGUGUUGCUUUGACUUCUCUGAUGGCAACAAUUAAGCUACAGUUUCUGCAACCAAAUAAUCCAAGCAGGGUUCCUCUUGAUGAUGAAGGGAUGGAAUCUUUGUAUGAAAAGCUUUCAUCUUUGCAAGCUUUUGUGCAGGAGAAAUCUGGGGCAAGGGGUGGCACUGCAAUCAGAGAUUUGGAGAUGAAGAUCAGAGACUUUGCACUUGAUACCGAAGACUGCAUCGAAAUACAACUAAGCAACUUUCUUCUGGCCAAGAACGGAGAGGAUCAACAAAAAGCUGCACAGAAACUCCAUCAAACCUUGCGAGAAGCAGCAGAAAACGCAGCGGAGUUGCUGGAGAAAAGCAAGGAAACUGAUGAUGAAAAAGUGGUGAAUGAAAGUGAAGGAGCACUGAUGAUUCCUUGGUUAAAACAUGCUUCGGCUUCGGAGCCCAGCAAUGUCGUUAUGGUCGGUCGUCUCCGUGAUCAUGUGCUGAUAAUGAACAAACUCAUCUGGGGCUCUGAGAAACUAGAAGUGGUCUCAAUUGUUGGGAUGGCCGGCAUUGGGAAAACAACUUUAAUUAGUAGUGUCUAUCAAGAUCCAGAUGUUGAAUCACAUUUCGAUGUACGAAGAUGGGUUUCUAUGCCUGUGGCUGGGGGAUACAAUAACGUGAGCCAACUGCUAUACACCCUUCUUUGGACAGUACUAGCAGAGGCAGAAGAUAAUGAAAUUGAAAAAGGAAGCAUUCCUGAUGAUGAUGAUCUAGCAGCUGAGCAGGUAUACAAAUGUUUGAAAGGUAAGAGAUAUCUAAUUGUUUUGGAUAACUUAUGGAACAAUCGAGCUUGGUAUGAUAUAAGUGGAUGUUUUCCUGACGAUAAUAAUGGAAGUCGCAUAGUGAUAACUACUAUGCAUUUCAGGAGGGAUAGUUCUCAUUACAACGAUGGCUAUGUUCAUAACAUGACUUUGCUAAAUCCAAAAGAAAGUUGGAAUUUAUUUAGUUGGGCUUUAUUUGGUGACAACCCUUUUCCGGAACAUCAAAAAAUUAGGGCACCACCUGAAUUUUUAGAAAUUAGGAGCCAAGUUGUAGAGACAUGCGAAGGAUUGCCAUACUCAAUUGUUGUAGUUUCAAAACGUCUAUCUAUGUGUGACAACAUAAGAAAGGAAUGGAAGAAGGUUCAAAAAGAAAUAGAGUUGCUUGGAGUUCUAGAUAGGAGGGCACUGAUCCACACUUACAAUCAAUUGCCACAACACUUGAAAGUUUGUUUUCUAUAUUUUGGAGUCUUCCCAAAACGCAGUGCAAUCAAAGUGAAAUUACUUCUUAGGUUAUGGAUUGUUGAAGGAUUUAUUAAUCCAUUGGAGGGCAAGGAGUUAGAAAGUCAAGCUUAUGAGUAUUUACAAGAAUUCAUUGAUAGAACUCUUAUUCUAAUUGACAAUUGGAGUUCUUCUGGGAAAGUUAAGAAUUGUAGGAUGCAUAGUGCCUUGCAUAGCUUUUGUGUAAGAGAAGCUCAGAAAGAGGGCAUAUUUUGUGCUUUAAAUACUCUGCAACUUCCACGAGGGUCAUUUAGCAUGUUUGCAAAUUCAUGUCGUUGGUUAAGCUUCUACACACAUAAAUUUGACUAUUAUGUGUUGUUAAGAACAAACAACCCUCGCUCCAUUUUCUUCUUUCAAGAAGAUGCUGAAAUAUAUGUAUCUUUCAAGUUGCUAAGAGUUUUGGCUUUUGUUUCAUCUUCAUUUCUUCAAAGAGUGCCAACACGCUUACAUGAUUUAGUUUUUUUGAGAUACCUAUCUGUUACAGAAUGGUUUGAGGGUCUUGAUUAUAUAGUGUCAACCAAUCAAAACUUGCAGACACUUGUUGUUUCGAGUAAAGAAUCCCAACUUGGAACACCUACUAUCCAUUUGCCUUCAACAAUUUGGGAGUCACCGCAGUUACAACAUCUUGAACUUGACAAAUCUUAUGUGAUUGAUCCUCCAAGCAUGGAUAAAGAUAAUAUGCAAACAUUAUCUUGGGUGUGUCCAACUCAUUGCAGAACAGGAGUAUAUUGCAGGUUUCCAAACAUUAAAAAUUUGGAAGUCUUUGUAUUUGGCAGCAACCAUCCUAUUAUUUUGGAUAAUCUUGAAUGUUUGGAAGGACUUGAGAGGCUAACAAUUUCAGUUUUGUUUAACCAUGUUCUAACCCUUCCAAAACCAUCUUUGUUUCCUUCAAAACUAAAGAAGUUGAGGUUGAAUGGUAUUAAUCUUUCGGAGAGGGAUUUAACGGUAAUUGGCAUGUUGCCUCAGCUUGAGGUUCUCAAAUUGGUAAAUGCCACCUUUGAUGGAAAAGUAUGGGAAGUAGAAAAAGGAGGAUUUUGUCAAUUAAAAUUCUUGCUUCUUGAAAAUAAAAUGCUCGAGCAAUGGAUGGUCGGUGAUGGAUCCUUCCCACGUCUUAAGCACUUAGUCUUAAGAUUUUGUUGUUGUUUGGAAAAACUUCCAGUGGUUAUGGAAGAUAUUCAUACCUUGGAGUCAAUUGAGUUGGAGCAGUGUUGUCCUUCCAUCAUCACUUCUGCCAGGUGUAUUAUAGAAUCUCAACGCGAUGCUGGAAACAAUAUUUUGGAGAUCAAAAUCAAUGGAGAAAAUAUAUUCCUUAUUAGGGACAAGCUAAGUCGGCUUCACACCUUACGGGUUCGUCUCUAGCUCUCUGCCUCGACUCCUCAGUUCGUCCACCGCCUAAUCGCCCACCGGACCACCAUUAGUCCAUUAUAGAUUUAUAGCUUCAACCCUCAGAUUUGUAUAUGCUAAUCGCUUAAUUGAAUACAUAUUCAAAAUAUUGGGAAUUGAAGCUGCUAGUCUCACUGUCUCAAGUAUUGAAGUUUGAAGAUCUAGAGAGGAUAUUUUGGAAAAAUAUAUAUCUCAAGUUGAAUCAUCAAAUACAAGGAAGAGCUGAGGAGCUGAAGUUGAUGACUACUAUAAAACUAAUCCAAUUUUGGAACAUGCAUGUUGAUGUUGCACACAUACGAGAGGCGAUUCUCCUUGUUUACAAAUUAAAGUUGCGUAUCAAUUUUCUCGAGUUGUUGGGUUGGCGAAUUGUACUUUUGAGUUGUGAUUAUAUAGUUUUUUUUUUUUUUUUUUUUUGUGGAUAUUGCACUUUUUACAUAUGAAAAUAUUUCAUUUAUUUUUCAAGAGCCUUGUAAUUCAGUUAUACAAGUAUGAUGAAACUCUAUAUUAGAGAUGUCAAAAUUAAUUCUAAAUGUAAAAAAAAAAUAUUUCAAACAU